CGCCGCUCCUCGCAGUACGGGGCUGUGGCGGCCUCUUGCUUCUGCGUCCCGGUCAGGACCCUGAGCGGUGGCCGCUGUAGGAGCUAGGAGCCAGUGUCCGCCUAGCCGCCGCCACCCUCGCUUCCUGCCUCUCCGUCCUGGGCUCUCCGCGCGGUGCAGAGGCGCCGGGCUGGGAAGGGAGAGGCACUAGCGUGAGGUUCCCAGCCGAUGGGCAACCCUUGGGCGCGCUGAGGGGCCGGGCUACUAGCGGCUGAGUUUGGAAAACAAAUCCAUUUGCCUUCAAUGUUGUCGAUUUUAUCAACAGAAAGGUUUUGUGGAUAUUUCAAGAAGUUACCUACUUUAUGGAAAGCCUGACAUAAUGUAAGCUGAGAGUAUAUAUUCUGAGUAUUUGGAGAGGUUGGAGCUAAAGAGAAGAUGAUGCAUCCUGUUGCCAGCAGUAAUCCAGCUUUCUGUGGGCCUGGCAAGCCUUCCUGCCUCAAUGAAGAUGCCAUGAGAGCCGCUGAUCAGUUUGACAUAUAUUCCUCUCAGCAAAACAAAUACAGCCACACAGUCAGCCACAAACCAAUGGCUUGUCAGAGGCAAGACCCAUUAAAUGAAACACACUUGCAGACUACCAGUGGCAGAAGCAUAGAGAUAAAAGAUGAACUAAAGAAAAAGAAAAAUCUCAACCGAUCCGGUAAGCGUGGCCGACCUUCUGGAACCACCAAAUCAGCAGGAUACCGGACCAGCACAGGCAGACCCCUGGGAACCACCAAAGCAGCUGGAUUUAAGACAAGUCCAGGCAGACCUUUGGGUACAACUAAAGCCGCGGGAUACAAAGUCAGCCCAGGGAGACCUCCAGGUAGCAUUAAAGCUCUAUCCCGUCUUGCCGAUCUUGGUUAUGGCUGUGGCACCGCUGCUUUUCCUUACCCUAUGAUGCAUGGUAGAGCAGUUCAUGGGGUAGAGGAAACCAGCAGCGAGAUCAAGCCACCCAAUGAGUGAACGAGGCAGGAAAAGAGGGCCAGGUUUAGAAAGAAGAUUUUGAAUAAUCCCAAAGCUUCUUGGUUUUAUUUUGACAUGAUUUUGCAGCCUGGGCUUUCCAAAUUUGUUUUCCUGUUUGUUUUUUUUCCCUGCUUCUGCUCGGAAACUGCCAUAUGCUGACAGAUGCACUCAGGGCAUAAGCAGUGGCAUUGUAUUUAUACAUAGGUUCAAAUGUAACACCUGUUUAAAUCAUUUUUGCUUUUCCUUUAGAGUUAUGGUUGUAUCUCAUAUUUCACUACUACUUUUGGGUCAUUCUAAAUGGAUGCUUUAUGUGCUAAACAACUGAAACCAUUAUACCUGUUAGUUUGUGAAGUAAGCAUACAUUAUGAUAAAAAUAUCUAAGAUAUUUUUAACUGACGAAACAAAGCAACGUAAUGAUUCAGGAUUACUUGAGGUAAUGGCUGUGAGUUUUUAUGACAUUUAUGUGUUCAUGAGACAAGACACAGAUAUUUGUAUACUUUGGCAUUUACAUGGACUUCAUAAGUUAAAAAUCUUAUUUUUAAUGUUCUAGGUUUAAGCAGCUUCUUAUUUAUUGAUCUACAUGGCAUUAGUUGAUUUAACCAUUAUUCUUUAAGAAUUCUUUAGUGUUUGCCUUUCAUCCACGAUAGGUUGUGUAUUUUUUAAUUGCCUGAGAGCAUAUACCAAACACUACAAACAAUUUGUAUUUACAAAAAAAUUAAACUUUUUAAUAAAAACUGCACAUUACAUUUUUGGUGAAAUACAAUGCAUUCUGAGAAUAGCAUAUUUAAUAUAGAAAAAGAAACAUUCUUAAGGUCUGCAUGUAGCUAUAGUUAUUAUGUUUUGCCUUUCAUAUACUUAGUUUUAAAGCAUUAUGCUUAAAACACUAAUGUUGUUCGUUUAUUAAGAACUGUUUUAGUUUUUUCUGAGUUGUGCCAUUGCAUUAGCACUUACUGUGGUUUCAGGUUUAUAUCUACCAAAGGGCACAAAUUGAAUGGUAGACUGUAAAACUGGUAUAAACAAAAUGUAAUUUUCUGACUGUAAGAACCCAAAUAUUAAGAAAUAUAUAGGAAUCCAUCUAUGCAUGAAACAUAUAAAAAAUAUGUUGGUUAGUUUAAUUAAAAAUCUCAUUGUGGCUCUAGUGAGACCACUUCAUCCAAAACAAAAUUUUUUUUCCAACAGUGUUUGCUUUAGAAGCAAGGUAGAUAGCAAUGAAAAAAAUGUAUUGGGUAGGUAUAUAUAGUAGGGACAGAGGGAAAUCUCUUUUCUUCCUUUCCGAAAGUAAUAUUCUUUGUUAAUAUACAUUUUAUUUAUUCUGAAUUUGUUCUAAAUAAAAUAAACUAUUAUAAACUUUGGAUUUGGAAAAAAUUCCACUCAACUUUAAAGUUACAAUAUAUUUGCAAGCUUAAAUGCCUUUGAGAUUAUAAUGUAGAUUUGAAGGACCCCAAAACUUUAAAAAUAAUUAAAUUUUUUAAAGGGCGCAUAUUGUGUUAUUUGGGCUUGCUCUCAAUUAAUGCAAACUCUGAUUGCAAAUGGAUGUCAUGUUUCAUACCUUUUUUAUCAGGAAAAAAGCAGCAAGCCUUCAGGUGUUCCAGUGAUGCCUGACACAAUGAGCUGGACUUUAUGCUGCUCUUUACAGUAAGAGGUGUUGCAUUGUAUGUGGGGACUGUGUGUGCACUGGCAUCUAAGACAGUGACCUCAACAAUUUUAGUUUUGCACAAACCAGAGAGAACAAUGUUGGAUGACUUACAUAUAAUCAGUUGUAACAUGCUGGCAGCUAAAUUGCUAUAGGAGUUUCUUCUUGCAGAAACUUAAAAUAUAAAAGUUAAAUAAUUUACUCAAAACGGUAUAACUUCUGACACAAAUGCUUACAUCUUUAUUCAUAUGUUCAUCUAUCCACUUUCAUUAUGUAUCUGUCAUUUAGCUGUUUCUCAAGAUGAUUUUCAGCAGUUGGCUGCUUAGAAAUCCUCUUUUGAGUUGCUGAAAACAGUUGGUUAAUUAAAUGUUCUACCACAGAAUUAUGUAUGUCAUUGUCAAGGAUUGGUUGCAUGUUGUGUUUUAUAGUAUGCCUAUUUGACCUUUCUCUGUCAGUUUAUUUUCAGUCCUGAUUUUCUUACACAUACUCUGCCCUUUCUCCCUACCCUUUCCUACAUUCGUUCUCUUUUUUCUUUCUACACCCUCCAGCACAUCUACUCAGUAGUGCUGUGCUGUGUGUCAGAAGAUAGAGCAGGUGUAUUAUUGUAUAAUGAAUUUUGUGCACAUGUUAAUGAAAUGAUGAAAUCAGCUAAAGGAAGUAUGUUCAUGGCAGUGUUUAUUAACAUGAGGAGCUAUGUCCCAGGAAAAAAGGAGGGCAAAUGGCUACUACUUUUGUGAAUGGAUAACAUCAUUUAGAAAGGUGAAUUUCCUGUUAAUGUGAGUAGUUACCUGGAAUAUUAUAUCUGUAUGCUGAUGAGCAUCUCCUGAUUCUACUUCCUUUUCUCCUUGUGAACAGUUUAUUGGUGCCAUGUUGAACAGAAAGACAGAUAUCUAAGUGAUAACAUGAAUGAAGUCUUAAAAUAUAAAAUAUUUUUACUUAUCUCUAAAGACUACAUUGUGCAUCUUUUGUAACACUGUCUCUUGUCAUGAUAAACACUGAAAUAGCAUGUUAAACAAUUGCCUAUACUUUAAUAUAAUCAGUAGGGGAAAACUGGCCUUUUCCUCCCACUGAAUGAUUAUUCCUUGAAAGGUAAAUUGCUAAUUUUAUAUUGUGUCAUUCUGUUCUUCACAAAAUAGGUUUCACUAUUCUGUAUUAAAACUGUUGGUCAGAAAUUGAUCUGCUAUUCAAGUAAGUUUGCUUUACUUUUUUUCUUUAAAAAAUAUUUUAACAUGCCUUAUUUAUUAUUCUUUUAUUAACAAAUUAGGAGCUAAUACAGAUGAAUUUUUUUUUUUGGCAGAUAUAUCCUUGCAUAACUAAUCUUUAAUGUGGGAUGAUUUUGAUACUAUCUUUGGAGUUUUGCACUGGAUAUAUAAAAAAAAUACUAGCACAGUGUAUUGGAAAAAAUAAGUAUCCAAUUUUUAAUAUUUGGGGAUGUUUUAAAAAUCAGUGUUUCAAUUAGACUAAAAGAUUCUUUAUAUUUUUUAUUUACUUUUUAAAAGAAACAUCUGUUAAAGUAGUACAAGUAAUAUUUAUUCCAAACUCAUGUUUGUGUGAAUUUACAUGUGUAUUUUCAUGAAAUAAGAAUAGAGUUUUCUUUGAAUUAAGGAGGGAAAAUAAUUAUCUGGAUUUGUUUAUUAGUUCAAAAGUGAUUCAUCCAUUGUAAGAAAAACCAGUGUAUGAGCUCAAGAAAAAAAAAACAACUUUUAUAUUCUAAGAAGCUUUAAAAGAACAAUUCAGGGGAUGUUGACAAUAACUGCUACCCUGUCAGUCAUUGUCCAUAUAUGCAGUAAAAUUUUAUAAUCCUUUUAUAGUAAAAUUAAAAGAAUUCACAACAGUUGUUCAAAACAUUUUUUUUUCUUUGGACAUAAAAUAUUUUGAUGCUAUUAUGUUUUUGUUUUUAUUAUAGUUUAACUAUAUGCUAUUAAACUCUAGGAUGUAUCUAAAUCUUUCCUUUGCUUUUUCCCCUUCCCUCCCCCCAAGUAGGUAAAUCUGUGUUCUCACAUAGAAUGUGUUUAAUUUUUGGAAAAUUUACUCUGAUGGUAAAUCAAAUGUGUGAUUUAUAGUAAUCAGAUCACUUUGAUUCUUUAAGUUUCACAGUUUCCUUUUUCCACAGAUAAUUAUGGAGAAUAAUUACCAAUUAACUGAUUCAAGCACGCUGUCCUCUGCUGUAAAAAGUCUGAAUAGAUACUGUGUAUGUUUUUAUGUCCAUGAACUUGAGCUACUCGUGUGCAAUUAUGUGUAUGGGAAUGGAGUAGUGUUCAUGAUUUGUAUCUAUAUCAUCAUAUGGAUGUAUAUUUAUUAAUAAAGUCAUUACUUUAAAACCA